AUGUCGGAGACUGCUCCAGUUGCUCCUGCUACUCCCGUACCUGCGGAAAAGACACCUGUGAAAAAGAAGGCAAAGAAAACUGGUGCAGCUGCUGGAAAACGUAAAGCGUCCGGCCCCCCAGUGUCCGAGCUCAUCACCAAGGCGGUGGCUGCGUCCAAGGAGCGCAGCGGCGUGUCCUUGGCCGCGCUUAAGAAAGCUCUGGCUGCCGCUGGCUACGAUGUGGAGAAGAACAACAGCCGCAUUAAGUUGGGCCUGAAGAGCCUGGUGAGCAAGGGUACCCUGGUGCAGACCAAGGGCACAGGCGCUUCGGGCUCUUUCAAACUGAACAAGAAGGCGGCCUCUGGGGAAGCCAAGCCCAAGGCCAAAAAAGCUGGGGCAGGCAAGCCCAAGAAGGCUUCUGGAGAUGCCAAGAAGCCUAAGAAGGCGACAGGGGCAGCCACCCCGAAGAAAAGCGCCAAAAAGACCCCGAAGAAGGCCAAGAAGCCAGCAGCUGCUAGAACCAAGAAAGUGGCCAAGAGUCCUAAGAAGGUGAAAACACCCAAGGCCAAGAAAGCUACCAAGAGCCCAGCUAAGGCAAAGGCCCCUAAGCCUAAGUCAGCCAAGCCGAAAGCUUCCAAACCGAAAGCAACAAAGGCAAAGAAGGCAGCGCCCAAGAAGAAGUAA